UGGUCGUCGUGGCAAGCCCAUCUCCCACUCCUCACCCGUACCGCCGCUGUGCUGUGCGCGGCCAAGAUCUUGGACCUCGUCAGCGCGCAAUCUCACACAUCGGCGGUCCGACAAAGUCCAAGACAACACGCGUCUUGGCGCCGAUGCCGUAUAUGUCAUUUUCCAUUAUUUGAAGGUCGUCGUAUCCCCAUCCCCAUCCCCCUUCUCCCUUUAUGUGUGUGUGUCUCUCUCUGUCUCUCCCUUUUCAUCGAGCUCCCUGUCGCCGUCGCUAUCGCCGUCACAACUCACACAUGCCCGCGCAAUGCGCCCAUUACCACCACCACCACACACGCUCCUGACCCUUGCACUCCUCGCCCAGGCCACAUCAGCGACAUUCACCCUCUCCCACCCCCUCCCCUUCGGCAGCAAGAGCACAUCGCAAUCGCAACCCCCCUGCGGCGCAUCCCCCUUGCUCCUCGAGUCGACGACAGGUUUCUACGUCGGCGGCGAUGCGGUAGCAGUAGUGUCUAGCGGGGACGGGGCGGAUAUCCUGAUCCGUGCGACGAUUGGGGAUUUGGCGGGAGACGCGAACUGGACGGAUUUGUUCCCCGUGGUGCAGCAGAAGGGAGGAGGGAAGUUUUGUGAGCCCCUGGUGCCGGCGCCGGUGGAGUGGGCGGGGAGGGAGGGCGUGGUGCAGGUUAUUGAGAGCGGGGAGGAGGGGUUGUCUUAUCAGUGCGCCCCCGUCAUCUUCCGUGCUACCCGCGGCGGCUCCAUGACAACCCUCUGCAGCAACGGCACCGACGUGACCGGCACAUUCGGCACAGACCCGCGUCUACCCAGUGACGGCUCGCCCAUCCACAUCUCCACCGCAAUAAAUCUGUCUGCGCCGACGGAUACGACGUCUGGGUUUGCGCCGGGGGAGACGGCGCCGGAGACGGGGGGUGGGGGAGGGAAGGCGAGGGCGGAGGGGAUGGUGAUGAUGGGGGUUUUGGGGGCGGGGGUGGUGGCGGCGGCGUUAUUGAGUUAG